UUCCUACUGUGACAUGUCCAAAUGUCCUCAAUGAAAAAACCCUAUUCUAUUCCAAGCUUAAUAAUGUAAUUCAUCAUAUUCAUAUUAUUACAUCCGAAGCAGAUGACAAUCUCUAGUCGUGUGUAUUUUACUUCACUUGACUUGAAAUAUAGAAGGAAAAAAAAAGAGCAAUAAACUACGUCACAAUGUGAUCUCGCGAGACUUCCCCUGCUUGUUUGGUGAGAGUGUCAGCUGACCUCACUGGGGAGAUUUUUGUUAAGGAAACUAUCCCCAGUACAGCUAUGUCCCGUAUCGGUGAUCAGUUUAUUGAUCGAUUACAGCGUGUAUGACGGCGUGUAACGCAUCUACUGAAGUCAUAUUAUUUCUAAAAACAUUUCACAGCACUUGUACCACUGAAUCGGGUCCGACACCAUGCUAGCCACAGUGACUGCUGUGGUUAGGUUUGCCCUAUACAAUGGCAGUAUUGCACCUGCACCAUUGGAGAACACGUCAACAUUCCCAACAUGGCAACCUGAUGCUGAGGCCAACAUCUCAAAGCCUCACAAAUGUCUACAAGUUUUGUACGAGGACGUUGGAGACUCCAGGGUGCGCUUCUGGGACAUCUUACUGCUCGUGCCGAAUGUGGCCUUCUUCGUGUUCCUGAUGUGGAAGCUGCCCUCAGCCCGGGCAAAGAUUAGACUCACCUCCAGCCCCAUCUUCGUCACCUUUUACUUGCUGGUGUUCGUUGUAGCGGCAGUUGGAAUCACCCGGGCCGUCGUGUCCAUGACUGUCAGUGCGUCCAGUGCUGCAACCAUCAUAGACAAAGUGCUGUGGGAAAUCACCCGCUUCUUCCUGCUGGGGAUUGAGCUCAGUGUCGUCAUCCUGGGACUGGCUUUCGGUCACCUGGAGAGCAAUUCUAGUAUAAAGCGAGUGCUGGCUAUCACUGCUGUGCUGGCUCUGGGCUACUCCAUCACACAGGGCACACUAGAGAUCCUGUAUCCAGACAGUCACCUCUCUGCUGAGGACUUCAACAUCUACGGUCACGGAGGACGCCACUUCUGGUUGGCCAGCUCCUGCUUCUUCUUCCUGGUGUACUCUUUGAUCGUGAUCUUGCCUAAAACUCCAGUCAGGGAGAGGAUAUCUCUUCCAUCUAAGAGGAGUUUCUAUGUGUACGCUGCCAUCCUGUCUUUACUGAACCUGGUGCAGGGCCUGGGCAGUGCUCUGCUAUGUGCUGGAAUCAUAGAGGGACUCUGCUGCGUGGAUGUCACCACCUUCCUGUACUUCUCCGCCUUUGCGCCACUCAUUUAUGUCACAUUCCUCAAGGGCUUCUUUGGGUCAGAGCCCAAGAUCCUGUUCUCUUACAAGUCGCAGGUGGACGAGCCGGACGAGAGUGACGUCCACCUUCCCCCGACCGUCGCCACGUCUCUUGGUCGCAAGGAGCUGACCGACCAGGGCCUGUUCUACUCCUCCACCCAGAUCGACGGCUCUGGUCCCAGCAGCACCCGUAUAGUCGGAGCGGACCUAGAUGACGUAGCCUCCGGACCCUAUGGGUCCAGCAGCAUUAACAGCAUGGAAGCGGACCGCUGGAGACCUAUCAACGCGUGAACGCAUGAAGAGGAGAACAGAGGUGGUCAUACAGCUGGACUCAGAUGUUUGUGUAAUGCAGGCUGGCCAAAAAAAAAAAAAAAUGCAGAACAAAGUAGUCGGAACACCAAGAACGGGUAAUCCUGGUCUUGCUUUAACGCCGGGAUAAGUUAACAAGUGGACACUUAAAGGAGAUAGCUUUUUCUAGCAUAUGAUCUGGAGGACUGUGGUUUACUGCUUUGGUAACACUGUUGCCAGAGUGUACUGCUGCUGUAGCGCCACACUAGAGGAGUCCUGUCCCUGAUUGUGGCACCGUGUGGAUUCUGUUCAACGCGCCCUUGAAUGUGUGGAGCUUACUGACUCAGCACAUUUUCUCUCAUUCCAGACUUCGAGUGUCGGCUGCUCAAUCCCCCAAUAAUUGAGUUUUAACCCCAUUUUAAGUACCCGAGUCUUUAAAAUCUAACAUUCUUUUGUUGGCAACUCAACAUCUGUACAUUCCUAGAAGCUUUGAGUAACGGCAUCUAAACUCACUUUGUCUGCUGUCUUCUGUUAGAUGUGUGACUCAACUGGCUACAGCUAGUUCCUUUUGAUUGGUGUACCGUCUUAUGAAAUAGGAACAAAAGUGUUAAUAAGUGUGAUGUGUGUCACUGCAAUAUGAUAAGAUCAUUAAUGCCUAAAUACAAGCAGGGCAUUGACGCGUAUCACAAACCAUCUGUAACGCUCUCUACCAGGAAUCAUCUGUCAUUUCUCUCUUUAAUUCAUUCUGGACUUUUUGCUUUAAUGUCUUAUACCAGAUUAAUAAUUCCUGCUACUGAAAGCACAUUUGUUAGCUUCACGGCCAUUUAGAAGGACUUAUUACAUGUGUGAUUUGAACAACAGACCUUAGACAUGCCCUCCCUCAUUCCAUAUCGGCAGAUCUGGUGCAUCUCUGCUUGCUGAUACAAAGCUUUUAGUUUUAUGCCAAUAUCUAUUGCUCCUGCGGUUGUAUUGUCCAGACUGUUUAUUAGAAGUGCUCAAAUUAGACUAUAAACAAAAUCGAUAAAUUUAAUGGUAUUAAAUGAUGGUAUUGAUGCAGUGUAAUCCUAUAGAUCUUAACUACAUAUUGAGAGAGGCUCAGGCCACCGGUAUGUUCGAUACGGGUCAUUAUAAGACGAUGUCAAGAGAAAACUACUGGAAUGUGGCACAACAAAUUAUCCACAUAUUGCAAAUAUGCUUCUUUGUUCAGCCCAUUAAAUCAGUUAUUUCACAUAUCUUGGUAUUACUAUAAUAUCAUACUUUAGUCUUUAUAAAGCACCACACAUCACAUUUACUUAUUCCUACCAAGGAAGUUUGAUGUUUGAGUUUCCCCCUGAAAAUGCUAUAUGUUUGGUAUGAAUGGACUACUGGAUUUAAGCUAGCAGUAUUCAUGGAUAGUAGGGACCUGGAUGCAGAAAACACAGAGAUGCGUUUAUUUCUUUCCAUCAUUUUAAAAGCAACAACGCUGUAAAGAAGUAGCGUAUAACCAAGAAAUUACAGUACUUGCCUUGACUCUUAGAAAUAUUAUAUAUUCCAAUUUGAGUGCCGGUGAUUACUGCUGUGUGUAACUUAAGAGUUAGAGUUGUGUUUAGGGAAUCGGUUCGCUGAUUCGUGACAUGGGUUGGAAAGGUGCAAUUAUUACGGAAGUCCUCUCUCUUGGUUGAUUUUUGGUGUUUAAAUCAUUUUGCAAAUGAUCUGUAAAUUUUGCCUUUUUAAGUGCAUUGAUUGUAUAAUAUUCAGCCCUUAUUAAUGCAAUGUAUUGAGCAUUCCGUGACCUACAGAAUAAACCAUGGACUCGUU